AUGGCCAGCUCCCAGCGUUCUAUAGCAAGGGCAUCUACGAUCUGCCCAAGCAUUGGCAGAAGACCAUCGAUGCCAACGGGGCAUAUUUCAAAUGAAACUUUUCAAUGUUAUACGUUCCAGGCUAAUUGCCAAGCACAAGGUGGAACUGGUCAAUGCUACACGUGUAACUAUGAGUUCUGCAAUUCAUCAGCUGGCAUCAUUUUGCUCUCAACAUUCAUCGCUUCUGCAAUUUAUCUGUUUAUAUGA